AUGCCAGCAUUACCACCACCGCCCAACGCGCUCUCCAGCAUCCCCGCGCCGCGAGCGCGCGGCCUGCUCUCGACAGGCGUAGCCACCCUGUCUCGGCGCCUACUGCACAGCUUACACCUCACACCCGUCCCCACAUCCUCAGCCAAGCUAGAACGGCGGCAAACGCAACCAACGCAGGACAUCACCGGCAUCAUCCCCUCCUACUACCAAGACAUAAACAGCGGUCCCGCGCCCGGCACCGUCGUCGGCAUCGUGCUGGGCUCCGUGCUCGGCUUCCUGCUGCUCUGCUGGCUCAUCUCCUCCGUCGCGGGGCAGGGCGGCGGCAACGAGAUCGAAGGCGAGGAAGUCGUCAUCGCGCGCGAGCGCCGGCGUUCACGCUCCCCCGGCCGGUCGCGCCGCUCGCGCCGGAGCACGCGUACGGAGAUGAGGGAGGCCAGUAGGAGUCCCAGGCCGCAGCGCAUCAUUGUGGAGGAGAGACGGCAGAGCAUGCCUCCGCCUAUGCCGCCGAUGCAGGCGCCGCCGAUGCCGAUGCCGAUGCCGCCGAUGCCGAGGCAGGUUAUUGUGGAGGAAAGGAUGGAGCGGGAGAGGAGAGUUAGUGGAGAUGAUAUCGUGGAGGUCAUUGAGGAACACUCGGAUGUGGGGCCGCCGCGACGGAAGCACAAUAGGCGCAGUGGAGGUGGGGGUUAUAGGUCAGUUGACCCUGAUAGAUAUGCUGGUGGGAACUAUCCGCAGCAUGAGGUGCGGCGAUAUUGA